CCUUAUCAUCUCGAAGCACAUAUCUAGGCCGCGUUGGCGCGACGUCAAGCCAUUUCCCGUUGCAGCGUCCCCGAAGCAACACCUGCACCAUGCGUCUCCUCGCCUAUUUGUCUCUUGGCUUAUUCAUACUCGGCGCUGGGGCCUCGAGCAGGGGGUCUUGGCCAUGUCCAGAGCCUGAGGAGAUUGCGCCUUGCAUUUGCAUCGCGGAAGAGACAGGGGAUAUAAACAUGGACUGUUCCGAAGUUCAGAGCGACGAGGAGCUGUCCCGCGCCUUCAGGGCGAAUUUCCCGUUCAGCGAUCUCAACAAAUUCACCAUGAUCAAGAGCCUUUCGGAAAACAAAAUCGGCGUCACGAGACUGAGCGCGGCGACCUUCGGCAACGUGUCGUUCACGAACAUCGCCAUCAGCCACACCACUCUGAACGCCGUCGAAGAUAUGGCCUUCAGCAAAUCCUUCGAAAUACUGGAGGUUCUGAUCGUCACCUACAGCGAGCUCACCUUCUUCCCGUUCGACAUCCUGAAGAACUGUCCCAAGCUGAGGGACCUGCGCGUGUUCAACAACCAGAUCACGCACAUGUCCAACAUCCACUCGGACAGCCUCGAGUACCUGCAGGUGUCGCACAACCCGGAGCUCCACUUCAACGACGACACCUUCCAGACGGCGCCCAACCUCAAGGACCUCCUGAUCAACACCGUCGACCUCCAGUACAUCGCCCCGGGCACGUUCGCGGCGCUGAAGAAUCUCGAGAUCCUGGACCUGAGCGACAACAAGAUCACCUCCUUGGUUCCCGACAGCCUCAGGUUCACCAGCCCCGUCGUCAGGGAAAUCAAGCUCCAGAACAAUCACAUAGAGACGCUCGAAAGAUCGUUUAUCUCGGGACUGUCCAACGGCACGUUCCUCUGGCUGCAACACAACAGACUGACGGAACUGCCUGAAAACGUGUGGAGAGAAGUGUUCGAUUCCGUGGCAUCCUCAGCGUCGACGGAUCUCUUUGUGCUUGACGACAACCCAAUACGUUGUGACUGUCAUAUCAAGUGGCUUGUUGGCUCUCCAACAUACUUGGAGAUCUUGGGAGAGAAAGCAAGUUGUGAUGAUGGAACACUUAUUAAUGAUUCAUCUCUCGGGAAUUUCAUCAUUCAACAUUGCCCUUGAUACGCCAGCGAGAGACUAGGGGACAGGAUGAGGACCAAAACCACCUUGCUAAUUGGCAAAGUUUGCAAUAAUGUGCAAUAAGAAAUAUACUAUUUGUUAAUU